CUAUCUCCGACGCUGCGGCAUCGGCAGGGUUUGGACGUUACCACUAGAUAUUACAUUGAGGGUCUUCCACAAACCCAUCCAUCUUGUAUUCUAGCAAACAUGACCUCAACAAAGCGCCGUAUCGAGACAGAUGUCAUGAAACUGCUUAUGUCGGAUUACGAGGUGACCCUCGUGAAUGACAACAUGCGCGAGUUCUACGUCCGCUUCUAUGGUCCUGGAGAAACACCCUUCGCGGGCGGUAUAUGGAAGAUUCAUGUAGAGUUGCAAGCGGAGUAUCCAUACAAGUCGCCAAGCAUAGGCUUUAUGAACAAGAUCUUUCAUCCCAACAUAGAUGAGCUGAGUGGUUCCGUAUGCCUGGACGUCAUUAAUCAGACGUGGUCGCCAAUGUUCGAUAUGAUCAACAUUUUUGAGGUGUUCUUGCCGCAACUGUUGCGGUACCCUAAUCCUAACGAUCCACUAAACGGCGAAGCUGCCGCGCUGAUGAUGCGACACCCCAAGGAAUACGAGGCCAAGGUCAAGGAGUACGUACAACGUUUCGCAACGAAGGAUAUUAUGGAUGCCGCAGAAGACGGCAAUGAGGACGAAGCAGAUGAGGAGAUGAGCGAUAUCGGCAGCAUCAGUGAGGAUGAAGAGUAAGAAUCCUGAUACCUCCUCCGCCGGCAUGCCUUCCUCCCGCAUUGUUUAUCACUGGUUUUCACACAUCAUUCAUAUCAUUUCACAUAUCAUAUCCAUUCU